CACUUUCUGUCUCUCUGAUUAGACACACACAAUUAUCUCUGAUGUGAAAGUGGAUGUACAGUAGCAUGUGGAUGUAAGCAUGCAUUUCUGCUCUGGAUUUGACCAUUUGUGAGGGAGGCACUAUGCAGUCGGAGCUCCACACACACAGAGCAUGCCUGUGAGUGCGGGCUCGGGCAAACAUGAGCCUUCCCAGCCCAGAGAUCGUCCACAGCAGCAGCCCAAACUCCCAUCUGAGCCCCCCUCUGCCCACCCCCUCUCCCCACCUCUCUCGCUGCCUCUCUCUCUCCCUCUCCUCAUCUACUCUCGACCUGCGCAGCCUCUUCCCUGCUGCCGCUCCAGCACCAGCCGGGGGGACAGCUCCCGAUCUCCGCACGCCGACGUUUGCAGAGCGCCGGCCGGCCCCAUGGAGGAACCCCAGGGCAACACUCUGGUCGUCCGCAUAGGCAUCCCCGACCUGCAGCAAACGAAAUGCAUGAAGUUCAACAUUGAGUCGCCCAUCUGGUUGUCUAAACAGCGGAUCCUCUGCACACUUAACCAGAGCCUAAAGGAUGUGCUAAACUACGGAUUGUUCCAACCCGCAUAUAACGGCAAAGCCGGGAAGUUUUUGGACGAGCAGCGCACACUUAAAGAAUAUCCACUUCCUGCCAUUUCUCCUGUACCAUACCUGGAGUUUCGCUACAAAAGGCGUGUGUACGCACAGGCCCACCUGGAUGAAAAGCAGCUGUCAAAACUUCACACCAAGGCUAACUUGAAGAAGUUCAUGGAAUAUGUUCAGCAAAGGAACAUUGAGAAGGUAUCAAAGUUUUUGGAGAAAGGGCUUGACCCGAACUUCCACGACCCAGAGUCUGGAGAAUGUCCGCUGACAAUGGCGGCGCAGCUGGAAGGUUGUGCGGAGCUUAUCAAAGUUCUAAAGAAUGGAGGAGCUCACCUGGACUUCAGGACCCAAGAUGGCAUCACAUCGCUUCACAAAGCGGUCCGCACCAAGAACCACACGGCACUUAUUACGCUGCUGGAUCUGGGUGCGUCUCCGGACUACAAAGACAGUCGAGGUCUAACUCCUCUGUAUCAUAGCUCCAUGGUGGGGGGAGACCCGUACUGCUGUGAACUUCUGCUUCAUGACCACGCUCAGGUGGGCUGCAUGGAUGAGAACGGCUGGCAGGAGAUACAUCAGGCCUGCCGUCACGGACACGUUCAGCAUCUGGAACACCUGCUGUUUUAUGGAGCAGACAUGAGCGCUCAGAACGCUUCCGGAAACACUGCCCUGCACGUGUGUGCUCUCUACAACCAGGAUAGCUGUGCAAGAGUGUUGCUGUUCAGAGGGGUGAAUAAAGAGAUAAAGAACUACAACAGCCAAACUGCCUUCCAGGUGGCUAUAAUAGCUGGAAAUUUUGACCUGGCCGAAAUUAUUAAGACUCACAAAGCAUCAGAUGUUGUGCCUUUCAGGGAAACGCCCUCCUACACAAAUCGCCGGCGCGUGACUGGAGGCGAUACUCUGACAUCAUCACGCCUGCUGCCUCGCUCCGCCUCCGACAACAACCUGAACAACGUUGCCGACGUCAGCCACGCCCACUCCCCCGUGCCGUCCCUGAGGAGCCUGCCACCACUCGCGCACUCCGGGAUCGAAGCGGCAGCCGACGGCAGCCUGCAUAGCACGGCCAGCUCUCUCUCCUCGCACUCUCGCUCGCCCUCCCUUCAGCGUGUCGGGGAGGAGUCCGUGCGGCGUCACGCCCCCCUCAAGCACUCCCAUAGCCGUGGACGCCUCAGCCCGGGGACGGUCCAGCGAGACCCCAGCCCUCCUCUCACGGGGCCCUCGCGCACACUCUCAGGAGCCCGGGGCCCUAAACGGAAACUCUACAGCGCCGUGCCGGGGCGCACCUUCAUCGUGGUCAAACCGUACACGCCGCAAGGGGAGGGAGAGAUACAGUUGAACCGUGGAGAGAGGGUCAAAGUGUUAAGUAUAGGAGAAGGUGGGUUCUGGGAGGGCACGGUAAAAGGGAGAACCGGCUGGUUUCCUGCAGAAUGUGUGGAGGAGGUCCAGAUGAGACAGUUUGAUCCUCGACUUGAAACGAGAGAGGAUCGAACCAAGAGGCUUUUCAGACAUUACACUGUGGGCUCCUACGACAACUUUACCUCAUAUAGCGAUUACAUCAUCGAGGAGAAGAACGCUGUGCUACAGAAGAAAGAGAAUGAGGGAUUUGGCUUUGUCUUGCGAGGAGCAAAAGCGGAGACACCUAUUGAGGAGUUUACACCCACACCUGCCUUUCCUGCGCUGCAGUACCUGGAGUCUGUGGAUGUUGAGGGUGUGGCCUGGAGGGCGGGGCUAAGAACUGGUGACUUCCUCAUUGAGGUGAAUGGUGUAAACGUGGUAAAGGUGGGACACAAGCAGGUGGUGUCACUCAUUCGACAGGGCGGGAACAGUUUGCUGAUGAAGGUUGUGUCCGUCACACGCAAGCCGGAGUCUGAAGAAACGGUCAGAAAAAAGGCACCCCCGCCUCCAAAGAGAUCGCCCAGCACCACGCUCACACUGAGAUCCAAAAGCAUGACUGCUGAGCUUGAAGAACUAGCCUCUGCCAGGAGGAGAAGAGGAGGAGAUCGAUUAGAUGAGAUUUUGGCCUCUCAGGAGUCAGUACUGAGGCCAAAGGUGGAAUCAGAUUACAGGGCAGCCACGGUAAAACAACGACCAUCCAGCCGCCGAAUAACACCAGCAGAAAUCAGUUCUCUUUUUGAGCGGCAAGGUCUAGCUCUUCAUGGUGCUCUCCAUCCAGCACUGGAUAAAGCCCACAUACAGCUGCCGAAAAGCGUGGCCAGAACCAAGUCAUUUGGAGCAACCGAAGAGGAUCGACUGUCUGCCCUAGCAGCGGAGCACAGGUUUCCGCGGAGCUCCUCCAUGACGGACAGCCUGAGAGACAGCCAUAGUAUACCUCCCCCUCCCCAAACCGCUCCCCCACCUCCUCCAUCACUGUACUAUUAUGAUACAGGCCCUCCUCCUUCCUUCUGCCCGCCACCUCCCCCCGGCCGCAUUCAUGACCCCAGUCGGUCUAGUUUUAAGCCGGGCUCCGAGCCAAGACUGCACGCAUUGCCUCAGACAAUGUCUGCAGAGAUGUUCGAGCCCCCUCGUCAUGCCUCCCACAUGGACCGGCAAAAAAAGGCUCGUUCCAUGAUCAUCCUGCAGGACUCCUCCCACGUCCCUGUGGAGCCUACUGAAAUCCCAAGGCCAGGUCCCAUUUCGACUCCGCCUGAGAGGAUCAAACGGAAAGGUCGAGUCAUUGAUAACCCUUACGCCAAUGUGGGCCAAUUCAGCGUUGGCCUGUUCACGAGCAAGCCUCAGCGGAGAAAGAGCCCGCUUGUAAAGCAACUGCAAGUGGAGGAUGCCCAAGAGAGAGCUUCGCUGGCACUGGCAUCCAUCCAUGCCAGAGAGCAUUCUCCAUCAGGACGCCUAGCUGCACACCACACCAGCAGGGCUGAUUUUUACCAGCAGCAGCUGUUGCAGGAACGUAGUCAAGCUCAGGCUGAGGGAUUGUUUCAAGGAAAAGGACCCUUUGCUGUCGCCAUUGCUGAUGCUGUGAAAGACCGUGAACGUCGUCUGGAAGAUAGACGGAAAUCCACAGUCUUCCUAUCGGUGGGUACUAUGGAGGGCAGUUCAGUUUCUCCCCAAGAGGCCCCCUCACUUACACCAUCUCGUUCUGUUGAUGAGCGAAUGCUUACGCGUGAGCUUGGUCAGUUGCCGCCUCCUGCCUUGGCAUUGCGUCCCUCUCCUGGGGGCACCACCUUCAUUCACCCUCUAACAGGCAAGCCCCUGGACCCGAACUCUCCACUGGCACUUGCGCUGGCCGCAAGGGAACGGGCAUUAACCUCUCAAACUCAAUCUCCUGCAAGCAGCCCUGAACCCAGAACUAAACAUGAAGCUGCUGGAGGGGUCCUGUUUAUGGACACACAGACCAAAGAGGCUAAGCGUUCUGAGGUUGAGGGGGAUUUUGCCUCACCACCCUUUUCCCCUGGAGCAAAAAGAAUUUAUGAGACCUCUGUCCCCACCAGCAAGAUUCAGUGGGGAAGUCCCAUAUCCACCAGGAAAGAGAUAGAAACAAGUUCAGAAAGAAAGGAUGAGAGAAAACUUGAAGAUAAGAAGAGUAUGAUAAUAAGCAUCAUGGACACAUCUCAGCAGAAAACUGCUGGGCACAUCAUGGUUCAUGCAACAAGUAAUGGGGACGCUGUGGGACCCAGCCCAGAGCACAGUGCCCCCACCCCAAAAGGGUCUUUGUCAGAAAGCCCCAAACCCAUGUUGGCUGAAAUAAAGCGUGCUAAGUCCCCUGCUCCUGAUGGUUCUUCAAUAUCCACGCCACCUUCAGCCACAACUCCAACUUCACAACCACAACCUAGCCCGUCCUCAGAUAAAACCCUGGUUCAGGGUAGUUCCGAGGAGGAUGUGGAUCCCUAUACAGUAACCCUUCCACCCGCCAUGCUCUCCUCCAGCGAUGAGGAGACGCGUGAGGAGCUCCGCAAAAUUGGCGUUGUUCCUCCACCAGACGAAUUUUCCAAUGGCCUUCUUGCAAAGGCACCCGAAACAGCUGUACCUCCACUGGCGCAGAUGACCUCCACAGGCCUACCCUCAGCACCGCACCCUCCUCCCGCCCCUCCAGCAGUGGCUGCUGUAGCAGCAAAGGUCUGCGCUAGCAGUGGCCCGCAAGCAGCCUCAGGGAAGCCAUCUGAGUCCCACCUGGGCCCAGAGUCUGCUGCUGACUCCGGGGUGGAAGAGGUGGACACUCGAAGCUCCAGCGAUCACCACCUGGAGACCACAAGUACAAUCUCCACUGUCUCCAGCAUGUCCACACUUUCUUCGGAAAGUGGCGAGCCCACGGACACCUACACCACCCACGCAGAUGGCCAGACUUUCAUUCUUGAUAAGCCACCAGUGCCUCCAAAGCCAAAGCUCAAGUCCCAGCUCAGCAAGGGCCCGGUGACAUUCAGGGACCCCCUGCUUAAGCAGUCAUCUGAUAGUGAACUGCUCUCACAGCAGCACGCAGCUGCGCUGGCUGCUGUUGCGGGAGCCUCAGGCCCGGCCAGACCGCGCUACCUCUUCCAGAGACGCUCCAAGUUGUGGGGGGACCCCGUGGAACCCCGUCCGCUUGCAGGGGCAGAGGAAGGCAAGCCCACUGUGAUUAGCGAGCUCAGCUCACGGCUGCAGCAGCUCAACAAGGACACACGCUCACUCGGGGAGGAGCCACUUGGAGCUUCACUUGACCCCGGAAGGAAAUCACCAGUAGUUGGUGCAAGACUCUUCAGCAGUUUAGGAGAGCUCCAUACCAUCGCUCAGAGAGGAUACGGCACCACUUACACCAUCAGACCUGGCAGCCGCUACCCGGUGACCCGCCGGACGCCGAGCCCCGGUUCCCCGGACCGCUCGGAUCCCCUGGGACCCAUCCGGGGUUUCGGACUGGCCACCUCCCCGACCGCGCCCCCCACCAUCCUCAAGUCGUCCAGCCUUAGCCUCCCCCACGAACCCAAGGAAGUGCGUUUCGUCAUGAGAAGCUCCAGCGCGCGCAGUCGCUCUCCUUCGCCCGCCCCUUCCCCAGGCAUGCACUCCCCUCUGCUCUCCCUACGCCCGUUCCACCAGAAACCUCUCCACCUGUGGAACAAAUACGACGUGGGCGACUGGCUGGCCAGCAUUCACCUGGCCGAACAUCGAGAACGGUUCCAAGAGCACGAGAUUGAGGGUUCUCACUUGCCCGCUUUGACCAAGGAGGACUUCGCCGAGCUGGGCGUGACUCGUGUCGGUCAUCGCAUGAACAUUGAGCGGGCUCUUAAACAGCUCCUGGAGAGUUGACCAUUCGCCUCCCUGUGUCAAUAGGUAGUAGUUUUCAUUUGCUCGUCUUUUCGUUAUCCUCGUGAUUUUUAAGCUUUAAAUAACACUACCCGUUUCCCCAAUCGCGUCAUUGGCGGAAGUGGGCGUCGGCUCCGUGCCGUUUUUUUGUAGCACUGUCCUAAGCCCCUCACACCCCACUGCCAGCAGCCAACAGCCAGUGGCCGUAUCUUCUCUGUCUGCUGCCUGCCCCCUUCUGGCUGAGGGAUGUAUUACACUCGGAGAAUGUUUAACCAACACUAGUGGCUUUUUCAUAAUCAGACUCUUACUUUGGGUUUCCAAAGGAAAUGUGACAUUAGAUAGAAUCUCAAUGUAUUUAAAUAGCUUUGAGAGACAGCAACAAGAAAAUGGACAUGUCUCUCCACUUAGAUGAUUUAUCCCACCAAUAAUUUCAUCAUUUUUACCAAUUAUAUACAUAUAUAUAUUUGACAGAAAAAGUAUAUAGAUAUAUAAAUAUAACAUUUUGUCAUAAAUAUAAAACUUAUAUAUGAUAUUAUAUAUAUAUAAAGACAAAAAAACAUUCUUGAAAAUGAUUUUUUACAAUGAUUCUUUUCUGAUGGAUUGUACCAUGAAACGUUACAUCACCUUAAGGAAAGACGCUUGAUUUUGAUCGUUUUGAGUGGUACCGCCCUCAUUUUUAUUUUUGGUUGUUAGUUUUGUUUAUUACAGAACUGGGCUUCCAUCUUUAAUUGAAGCAUCUCACAAUGAAGUGUAUGUGUAUGGUAUAUUUAUGUUUAGACAUUUAAAAAACACACCAACCAGACAUUUUCCUUUUUUAAAUGAAAAGUGUUCCCGGUACAGUAACACACUUUUACAGAAUCACACCGCUUUCCUGUCCAAAUUUGACUGGGCUGAUUUAAAGGUCAAUUCUCAGUCUUCUAAAAGGAAAAGUUCAACCAAAACUCACAUGUACUUACAUAUUUCAAACAUGUAUUCCUUUUUCUUGCACGAAAGACAAAAUAGAGAUGUUUUGUGUUCAUUCUUUUCCAUGCAAUUAUGGCAAAAUGGCACGAAAAGAUCCAAACAAUUCAUAAAAGAAUCAUACAUUGUAAAAAUGUCCUGCUGCACUUAAAUGUUUAAGUUAAACAACUUGAAUUAACAAGUCAUUUCAACUGUUUUGACUAGUUGCAAUAAAUUAUAUAAAAAAAACUUAAACCGACGGUUUGGCCAAAAAUGAAAAUUACCCCAUGAUUUACUCACCUUGAAGCCACCCGAGUUACAUAUGUCCAACCGUUUUUAUAUUCAGAUAUAUGUCCUAGCUCUUCCAAUCUUUAUAAUAAAUGAAUAUGGGUCCAAAGAAUGUGCAUCCAUCCUUUGCAAAAGUAAUCCACACGGUUCCAGGGAUACAUAAAGGCCUUUUAACUCUUUUUCCGCCAUUGGCAGCAUUUUUUUAUAAUUUUCACAAAAGUUUAAUGUCUUCAAGAAAAUGUUCUUCUUUAAAUAUGAAGUUAACGUACAAUAUAUAAAAUUAAAGAACAGAUCCUCUGCUUUCAAAA